UCUGCUGGUUGGAUUCAGUCCAUCACCAUCGGUUCACGGGGUGUGUUGUUUAAUUUUGGAUUAACAAGUUGGUUCUUUCUCCAAAAAAUCGUUGAUUCCUCCAUUUGCUCUCUUUCUCUCCCAACUUUUUCUUUGAUUUUUCCUUCAAACGCCCAAAAUAAAUCCUCUUCCAAACUUCCUCUCCAAAAAAAAGCUUCCCGGACAGCUUUGAGCUUGUCAAAAAAAAGCUGCACAAUCAGUAUCUAACGAUUAUUUAUCUUCCAUUAAAGUAUCUCUCGCCCCUCUUAUUUGUCCACCAAAAAAAAAGAAAAACGUAUUUUGGGUGUGAAUGUGUGUGCGAAUGCAAUGCAGGAAGAUGAAGCGAGACAGACGGUGUUGGAGGAAAAUGUGACGAGCAGAGCAAGGAGGAUGGAGCGGAAAACGAAGCAAUAUCAUCGAUAAAUGAGGUAGUGAAAGAAAAGUGAAGUGAAUUUUUAAAAUAGAAGUGUUUAAUAAGGUUUUCUUUUUUAAUUUUCGUGAAAGAAAAACUCGAGUGUUAACGUUUUUCCAAGGAACUGCAUAACCCUAGGGGGUAUUAUAGAGAAAAUGUGUUUGCAUGAAGUGAGCAGGAAAAUGCACUUGUUUUAUGCAAAAAUUAUAUAGAUAGUGAAAAUAAGUGGUGUGUGUGUGUGCGGUUGAGAAGUUUAUAAUUUAGGAAGAAGGAAUAAUAAUAGAGAAAUAAUUCAUGUACAAUGAUUCGAUACAAUGGAGUACAAGCACCAUCUGUGUCAUCCUCGAUCAAUACGGCAUGUUGUCAUCUAAAUUGUUCUCGACCCAAUAACUUUCUGCCAGCGUCAUCAGUUGCACGAAAUGGUGGGCUUCCACGGUGUCCGGACACCCUGCUGGACAUCACGGCCAGAAAGGUGGCCGAAACGGAACCCUUUCAGCGAAUUGAGGAGCGAUACGAUCGGAUUCCCGAACCUGUUCAGCGUCGCAUCAUCUUCUGGUCAUUUCCACGGAAUGAGCGAGACAUUUGCAUGUACAGCUCACUGUCAAGGGUAUCGCUCUUAAAUUCUGGAGAUUCGCAAAGUCUGAGCUUCUGCAAGGGAUUAAAGUUGCUGGAGAGUGGUUGUGUUGAGUGUGUUCUACAAGUUGGAUUUCACUUGAGCGGAACCGUCUGGACUUACCCACCGAAUACAAAUGACGGAUCUAGUGGUGGUCAAUCAACCACUGGCUCACAGCACAACAGUGGUAACAUAAUAGGUCAUCCUCAGCAGCAACCACCACAUCACCAACAGGCAAUUCGUUUGCCUGUCGAUCGGGAUGGUGGUUCCCAUAAUGGUGCCGGAGGUGGAGCCGGUGGUGGCGUGAGUUAUUCCAUGGAGGAGAAUAAGAAAUACAAAGUCUCCGUUAGCUUUGACAGAUGCAAAAUCACAUCAGUAACCUGCAGCUGUGACACAAAAGACAUCUUCUGGUGCCAUCACGUAGUUGCGUUGUCGCUCUACCGGAUUCGAUAUGCUGAGACAGUUAAACUGCGAGUUCCCAUAUCGGAGACCCUAUUGCAAAUGAAUAGGCAACAAUUGCAGAAAUUUGUACAAUAUCUAAUAUCUGCACAUCACACGGAAGUUUUACCAACUGCCCAGCAAUUAGCUGAUGAAAUUCUUCAGCAAAAGUCAGAAAUAAAUGCAAUUUGUGGAGCUCCUGAUCCGACAGCAGGUGCAGCAACUGACGAUGACCAUUCGUGGCAUCUCGAUGAGACACAAGUCUGUGAGGCCGUUAAGAGUUAUCUGGGAUCGGGUAGUUACUACAAUGGGAAUAAGCAGUUAAAUUCGUUGUUUGCCAAAGUGCGUGAGAUGCUGAGAGCACAGGAUUCAAAUGGGGCCAGGAUGUUGACAUUGAUAACUGAGCAAUUUCUCAAUGAUCCCCGACUGUUGCUGUGGAAGAGCCAUGGGACACCGAUGACGGAGAAGUGUCGACAGCUGUGGGAUCAAUUGGGUGCUCUGUGGGUGUGCAUAGUGCUCAAUCCGCGUGCGACAUCGCUGGAAAAGUCUCACUGGAAGGCAUUGCUGGAGAAAUGGUCACGGAGUGAGGUGUGUCCGCAGGAGGAUCCGGAUUUUCGACCUCCAGGACGUGAGAAUUAUCGUGAGAGAUCACAUAGGGAGCGUGAACGCGAUCGUAAUCGUUUUUUUCGUGAGAAUAACAUACGCAAUAUGAUAUAUCAGUAUCAGCAGAAUAUGCAGAAUGAUCAGCAGCAGCAGCAACAGCAGCCACAUGGCAAUCGGAAUGGUGUAAAUAAUUUCAAUGAUGAGAACUACGAUAGUUCGGAAUCUGAUUCGGAUUCCGAUGUGGACAUGGAUGAGAAUAAUGAUGGUGAUAUUCGAGAUAUUCAGCCGGUGAAUCAUGAGGAGAAUGGCAAUGCCAAUGGGAUUAAUGAGAACAAUGAUGAUAUUCUACUGCCGCCAAAUAUAAAUGACAAUAAUUCUGUAAAUAAUGGAGCUGAUGAGGAUGAAGCGGGUGGUCAUGGUGGGAGACGCCAUCACAAAAGUAUCCUGAAGAGGAUUGACUAUAUUGACAGGGGAAAUGAUAUAUUGGGUGAUGAUUUGGGGCGCAAUAGGAGUGAUGAUGAUUUGCCCGAGGAGGGUGACAAUCGGCCUGAAGAUCGUAUUGAUCAUAUUGAUAACAAUUCCAACGAUCAGUGUUUCGAUGAUAACAGUCGGGGAAAUUUUGAUUUAGCCAUUCCAGAGUGUAGUGGAAUUAAUGUUAAUGUGGAUAUUCCACCACCACUUCCGGACAAUGAUGAGAGUUCACGGGAGAGUAUGGAUGUUGAUGAUAUUCCAGAUGCGACCUUGAGGAAAUUUGAGUUGAAUCUAGAGGAAAUUGGUGGUAGUAAGGAACCAAGAAGUCCCCAGCCGGGAUCCAAUAGAGAUUUGGAUGUUAACUAUUUUGCUGAUGUUUAUAUGAGUGACACGGCCAAUGAUACAAAUUGUCCGAGCAAUGUUAAAGGAUGCAAAUGUCAGUCAUUUGAGUCAAAAGAUACGCGUGAUGCAAUAUGUGAGAAGGAGAAGAAGGAUUCCACAGCGGCAGAAUCGAGUGCCGAUGAGAAUCACGAAGGUGAUGAUAAAAUUGAUGAAUUCCCACCAGAGUGCCAGACUGAUGAUGGGGUAAAUGGUGAUGAUCCUAAUACACAUUCAGCCACACGAAAGAGAACAAACUGUGAUAGGAAAUUGGGAGAAAGUAUGUGCACACCGCACAAAAUACCGACUGAUUUUAUUGUUACUGAAUCCACCGAUGAGGAGAAUAAGUGCAGUGGUAACUGCAUUAAUAGCUACCAGGGCAAUACUAGGCUAGAUGAUGAUGAUGACACCAGCACAAAGUCAAUUGUACCCACGGAAAAAUGUGUCUACUGCAAGAAGCAGGAGGCACUCCUUGCAAAAAAUUGUGAAUGUAUUAUGAAUCGUUUGGAUCAUGUCAAUGGGCAUUCGUCAAAGAUGGUGAUUGAAUUGUCAAAGAUUGGAUGUGAAAAGUGCAAGGGUCGACAGGCUCAUAUGCCAGAUGAAUCACACAAAGUACUUCCGGAAAUUGAGCAUGAUGACAAAGUGGAGGAAAUUGCUGAGAAGCCUGGUGAUCCACCAAUUCCUGAUCAUCAUCCCAUAAAUGGAGAAAUGAAUAGUGCGACAAAUGGCAAUGGUACGGCCCAAGGACGAGGCAUUGUACGGGGUCGUGAGGCAAAUGUGCAAGAAGUUGAAGUGGGAAGACCAAAUAAGAAGCUAAAGCUGAAUAAUGGCAGUGCAGCAAAUCGCAAUAAAGCACCACGAACGAUCUUUCACAAAGCUCUCGAUGCUGUCAAUAUGUCAUGGGACAAUCAACAUCUCAAGAAUAUCCUCGCGAGUGAUUCAUAUAGUUUGUCUAGUACGAAUUCCGUACAGAUUGCCGGAAGUAGUAAGUCAGCUCAGGCCAAUAGUACCAGUGCCAAAUCCAAUUUCAAUGCACUAGGUCAACCAUUGUGGCAUGAACCAUUGGCAAUGUGUGCUGCCCGGGUUGACUCACUGAGAUCCCAUGGGCAUACAGAUGCCGCACUGAGGCUGUCCGUGAGUGUUGUGCGAACAAUGAAGCAAGUUCAGAUGGAUGCACAGACUCUAUGGCACAAACAUCAGGCAUUUGUUGUGCAACAGCAACAGCAGCAGCAAAAGAUGCAACAAUCAGCUGGCGAAGAACUAGCCAAAGGGAUGAAUUCCUGUUGCUGCAAUUGUCCAGAGAGAAAAGACAAACCAAUAUCUUCGACAUCGCAUGGAAUGAUGCCAUCCAAUAUGUAUCCAAAAGCACCACGAGAAAACUACGUAAUGUGCAGAUAUGACUAUAUAGGUAGUAGUGGCAGAAAUAGUCUUCCAGUGCAGGGAUGCAAGAGAUGUUACUACUCCAGGAGCGCCUAUGAGAAUAAACACUGUGACUACGAUGGGAAAAUUAAGAGUCACAGUCAUGGAUAUGGAUCCAAUGGAGCCGGUCAUUUUGAUCCAAUUGGAGGAGAAAAACCAAUGCUAGGACCAUUUCAUAUGUUCCAGCAUCAGCAGCAGCAUCAUCAAGCCAUGGCGGAUCAUGGUGGAGUGUCCAGGAAUAAUUUUAUGGGUGGUAAUCGUUUUGUGAAUGGAAACAAUGGUGGAUAUUGUCAUUCAUGGAAUUCCCUCUUGCCAAUGUCUUCUUGCCAUGCAGAUGCCUGUGGAUCAUCAUCAUCAUCAUCAUCAUCAUCAUCGGCACGUCAGCAGCAUCCAUCGCAUGAGAACUUUGGAUCACGACCCUUCUUCCAUCAUAAAUACGAUAUGGAUGAUAUGAGGAUGAGAAAGGCACCGGGAGGAGGUGGACGAAUGCCGGAAAUUGAUCCCAAAUGGAAGGGAAAGUGCAAAUGUAUUGAGCACAAUGAUUUACGAGGUCGUGACCUGGACAUGGCACCUUUCAUGGACAUGGAAUCACGGGCGGCGGUGGGUCAUUCAGCGGCCAAUUUUAGGAAUGGGGACAAUAGGGCACCACCGGAAGGUGUUUCAGCACCACCACAGCCACCACCACCACCGCCACCAUCAUCAUCAUCAUCAUCAUCAUCUGCCCAGGCAUCGGGACAGCAUAGGAUGAUGGGGUGUGGUGAACAUCAGAAAAAUGAGUGUUGCAUAAAGAAUUUUUGCUGCAAAAUGGCACAGGCUGGAAAAAUGUCCAUGAAAUCAUCGUGUCGCACAUGUAUAAUGGAGCACUCACUAUUGAAUAAUAAAUGCGAUUGUCGCAACGUGACGCGACAUAAUUCCAAUUUCCCAUUCCCAUAUCGUCAUCCAGCAGAUGUGGCUGCACCAUCAUCGUCCGGGAAUGUAUUCUUCAGUAGACAAUUCCACAGUCAUCCACAACCACCGAUGGACCAUCACCAUCAUCACCACCAUCCGCAGCAUCAGUUGGAUAUGAGCCAUCACCAUCAUCACACCAUGUGCGGCCCCCCGCCGCAAGCCAUGUACGGAAGUCACGGUUGCAGUGAUUUCAAAUGCAGCGCCAACAUUCACAAGUCCUCCCCCCAUGCACUUGGCGGCAAAGUCAAUCCGGCCACCAUUGUCAACUAUGGGGCAUCGACAUCCAAGCAAAUGCCCAGUGCAACGGCCACCAGUAGUUCAUCCAGUAGUGCAGCAAAUAAUGUGCCACAGUCGUCAAGUACGUCAUCUCAGCCACCGGCUGGCCUCUUAACUGAUGUGGUGCGCAACAAGAAAGCCACUUGCGUGUCCAACUGUCUCGAUUGCACAAUUGGAUGUGAAGUUGAAUUUCCUUUGGAUGCUGUUGCGUGUAUCUUUGAUUGUUUGACUGAGGCAUGCAUCAUACCGGAUCGCAAUCAUGGACCGGAUAUGGGGCGCUUGACUUUCGACAGUAUCAAUGCGGCUGCCGAAGAUGGGAGCAUUCUGUCGCCACAGUAUCAGCACAUUUAUGUGCCGAAUGCAACUGAUAAAUAUGAAACUUAUCUCACAUUGGCUUUUGAGUCGGCUGUAUUGGCACUUGGCAAGCAGAGAAUUAUGCCGCAAGGUCUCUAUUCGCAGCAUGUAAUUUGUAAGCAACAGGAUCAACUUAUUGCGCGACUGCAGCAUAUUGAUUUGGAUCGACUGCUGGUGGAGAUACUCAAAAAUUGUGCCAUUCAGAUGAUGGAUGGUGGUCCAACGAGUGGAUUUGGUGUAACAAUUCACCCAGAAUCUGUGCCAAUGCACACUCUGGCGCGCUUCUUGUUCACAUCGCUGCUGAAUUACUACCCGGAUUUGGCAUUCCAAGUUGGCUUGAGAGCCAUGCGUCUGCCAGUGCUGGAGGAUGCUGAGGAGAGGAGUGUUAAUGAGGGAAAUGCCGAUGUGGAGAAUCGUCGAGAUGGAUUUGUUUUGUCGCGCUAUCCACGUUGGUGGACACUGGGUCAUCUUGAGACGCAGCAGUGUUCACUGAGUUCGGCCAUGCUGAGUGCAGCAAAGGCUGAACCAGCUCGUUUAGCGGGUGUACUUGAGAGUGCCAGGAGGAAUAUUCACAGUUCGUCACAUCUCUUUAAGUUGGCUCAAGAUGCCUUUCGAUAUGCCACGACAGAUGCUAGUUCCAGGAGUCAAAUACUGCUGGGAGUGGCAUUUGAACUGGGUCUUCAAGUGAUGAGAAUGACAUUGACGUGUCUCAAUUGGCGACGUAGAGAAAUGGUCAGGUGGCUCGUCACUUGUGCCACACACUUAGGCCUGGAUGCACUCAUUUCAAUUAUGCAAAAUUGGUACCAGCUGUUUACACCAACGGAAGCCACAGGACCUGUUGCCACCACAAUCAUGUCCCAUUCAACCAUAAUGCGUCUCAAUCUGAAUCUACGGCAACAAGAGGAAUUGUCUGGUUGUGCCAGAACUCUAGCACUCCAAUGUGCCACAAAAGAUCCACCGAAUUGUGCCCUGAAUGCACUAACAUUGACAGAGAAUGACCCGAUGGCAUUUGAGGCUGCUUAUCAGAUUGUGAUUGAUGCUGCAUCUCACAUCAUGACCUCAAGUCAGCUAUUUACAAUUGCUAGGUAUAUGGAGCACCGUGGAUAUCCGAUGCGUUCCUACAAAUUGGGCAUUUUGGCCAUGAAAAAUGUCCAUUUGGCCUACAAUCAGGAUACCCAUCCGGCUAUUAAUGACAUCCACUGGGCUUGUGCAUUGUCACAUUCACUGGGAAAGGCCGAAUUGGCCAAUAUGAUUCCAUUAGUCAUCAAAAAUGUACAGUGUGCCACGGUUCUUUCAGACAUCCUCCGGAGAUGCAGUGUUCCAACACCUGGAAUAACUCACUUCAAUUCCCAUCAUCGUGGCAACAAUAUGAGACCAGUGCAGAAAUUGAGUUAUGAUAGGGCACCUCUGAGACAAUUGUUAGAAGCUGCUGUUGCCGCAUAUGUUAACACCACACACUCAAGAUUGUCACACAUCUCACCAAGGCACUAUGGGGACUUUAUUGAUUUUCUGAGUAAGGCGAGAGAUACGUUUAUCCUGGCACGAGAUGGUCCGGCACAUUUCUCGCGACUCAUUGAAAAUAUUACCGUGGCGUACAAGGGGAAGAAGAAAUUGGUGCGACAAGUGCGUCAGAGAUUUCAGUUUGUAUGAAAACGGAUUCAUUGAUUCUCGUGUGAAAUUAAUCAACCAACAUGAAAGGUAAGGAAGAAGAAUUAUGCAUGAAAUUAUAUCCAAAAAAAAAAUUUCUUCAGAUACGCAAUUAACACGAAAGUAAAAAGAAAACAUUGAUAAAAAACGGAACAAAAUAAUAUUUGACAUAAUUUUAAUGGAUAAAAAAAAAUAACUCAAAAUUUUCAAAAAAAAACCAACAUAUUUAGUUAGAAAUUGUAUAAAAAAAAACAAGUAUAAAAAAGAAAUCAAAUAAUGUAAAUUAUAGGGAAAAAAGCAUGUGAAAGAAGAUUUAUUUCACAGAGAACAAUACACAAAAGAAAUGAAAUGAAAAAGGAAAAAUGAGGAAAAAUCAUGAACUCACAUUCAGGACAUUAUUGUCGGCUUUUGUUCCGAGAAUAGCGAUUUGUUAGCCUUUUUUUUUUAAUUUCAAUAUUCUCAAAAUAUUGCCACAAUUAUUUUUGUCUUUCUUCAUUUUUUUUAAUUACUGUGAUCAAUUUAUUUAAUUAUACAAUAUUUAUAUUAUAUUUUUGAAUUUUUAAACGACAAUGAAAAAUAUGUUCAAUUUGAGAUGAAUUAUAUAUUAUUUUCUUUAAGUCUGAACAAGAGAAAAUAUUGAAUAAAAUGUAAAGAUUUAGGUAGAAGGAGAAGAAUGGAAGGACAAUAGCUGAAUUAUAAUUUUUUUAGUUGUAUAUUUUAGGAGAAAAAAAUGCAAGAAAAAAAACCAUGCCAAUUUUAUUAAUUACUCUUAUUUUUAGGAAUAAUUUGUCAUUGUUAGGAAGAAUUUUUGCAGAGUCAGUCACAAGAAAGUAAAAAUUAUUCUUAUUUUUUUUACUUUAUUUCUCUAAUUUGUUAAGAAAUUCUUUUAUUAUCAGACUGUCUUGCAUUUAAUUGUAGGAAAAAAAAGGAAAUUAAACACAAAAUUGCUAUCCCAUCUUCUUAUCGAUAGAAUGUCUAAAAAAAAAACAAGUAAGGAAUGAUCUCAAUAUUUUAUGAUGAAAAAUUAAGAGAAUUGGUCAAACUUCCAAUUUUCCUUUUUAGAUUAAUCUAACAAGACUUUUUCGUUAAGUCCUAUUUUUUGUAGAAAUUUAUCAAUUGAUCUUUCGAGCAAAUUUAUUUGUUUUUCUUUUUGAGUUUCAUCUGUUAACACCAACAUUGGUAUUUAUUUCUCAUUUUGUUUCACUUUUUUUUUCAUUAAAAAGAUUUAUUUUCUGUCAUUAUUAUUUUUAAAUUCAAAUUGUUUACGCUUCAGUAAAAGAAAAAUAUUUCUCUAUUUGAUUUCCAUGUAAAAUUACUGCCAAAUAAUAUUCAUACACAAAAAGAAAUGCAUCUAAUACAAAGGAUGAUGAAAAAGAAAACAUAAAUAAAAUAUCAAAUAAAAUAAAGCAAGAAGAUUACUAGAGUUAUAAGAAGGAACUUGUGCCAGUAUUUCAUACAUAUUAAAUAAUGGAUAAAUUAUUGAAUGAAUAAAUUGUAUUGUCUCUUGCUGAAUUACAAUUACCUAUUUAUAAUUAUAUAUGAAAAGGUAUCGAAAACAACAUAGCUUAAUAAAACAAUGUAUUAAGCUUAAUAACACUAUGUAAUCUCAGGAUAAAUGAAUAAUUCCAAAUAAUAAACAAAUUAGAAGAGA